AUGUGGAGUGGAAGAUUUGUUCGAUUAAAAAAUGAAUUUAUUGAAAUUAUUUUAACAAUACAACGAAUAAUAAUGAAUCCAUUAAUGAUGACUUUACAUUAUCUUUGGAUUGUAAUUACAUUUCAGGAAAAAAAUUCGAUUAAAAAUGCUAAAAAAUUAGCUGAGCAAGAUAAAAACAAUAAUGAACAUCGGAUGCCUAAUGAAUUUAUUCAAGGGGCAGCUGUUAUUGCAGAAACAGCUUCACCAUCAUUAAUUCUUCGUUCAGCAUUAAAAUUACAAUUUUGGAUGUUUUAUUGGAAUUUAGAACGUGAACGUGUUCAUUUAUCUCGAACACUUCCAGCAAGCUUAACAUCACCUGGUCAGUUAAUACCAGAAACAGCAAAAUUAAUACCGGUUUUAACUGAAAAAAUUAAUUUAUUAAACGAAAUUUUAGAUGAAAAUAUUCCAAUUAUUUCUCUACGUUCAUUACU